AUGCUGACUACAAGCAUCAACCAAACGAUGGCAUCACUGCCCCUAGCGAUUCUCGAGGAAAUAUUUGGCUUUGUAGGUUCCGUCAGGCAACAACGUGUCGCAAUGACCUUAUUCGGCAAAGACUGUUGGCUCAUGCUUCCAGAGCUGGAAAAGUCCAUCAAGACUUUGAGCAUUUGUGACCAACAGGACGCCGAUGCGCUUCUACAGUACACAGAGGCAGAGUCAGAAAUGGGUCAACGAUGGGGCAUGAUGGGGGACGUCUUUCUGGCAAGAAACGUGCAUCACGUAUUUCUUCGACUGGAAAAUCUGCAAUGCUUGAAUUUGCAUCACUAUGGGGCAGAUUCAUUCUUGGAGUUUCUCAGUAACUACGCUCUGCUGCCUAAUCUAAAAGCUUUGUCCAUGGAAGGAUCGAUGGGUGUCACGGAUGAUGGACUCCGACGAAUUGCCGAAAAUGGAGGAGAACCCAGACGUCAGAACUUUUCCUCUUUGACCAUUACGUUUUGCCGAAAUACGUCCUAUGCGGGGACUAUUUUCUUGCGGGAGCAGCUGCCCAACCUGAAGCUAAUCCGACGCCAGCCCGAAUGGUUAGAUGGACAAUUCUAUACACCAUUUGCUGCCGACGGUGCACCCACCGAAGUUCAUACGUAUUGGCCUGAUGGGACGUUUACCUUUUCUCGCAACAGCCAAUCGGCGGGAUUUGUAUGUGAUUUAUUUCCCUGGGAUCCGGAUCGAUUUGACUUUGUGGGAGACAAGCUACAGUACAACAACUUUGAAUUUCCAGUGGGUUGGCCGGAGUGGUUCCGCUUUGCGUAUCGACCUGGAGUGUCCUUGUUGCGAUUGGACAAGGAAUUAGAAAAUCCAGAAGAUAAAAACAGUGUGACACCUUGUGUACUUGUUGGUCAGCAUAUGCGGGGAUUACGACCUCCCAAUAUAAGAGAUUUGAUGGAAUCCGUUAGCGGCAUGCUCAAGAUUGGGCAAGGCAAGCAAUUCACACACGAUGGAGAGGUACUUCCAGAUGAUCUCCCUGCGGAUGGGACUCAAGAUUGCAUCAUGAUUUCCAAAAUGAAAGUACACCCUCUUCCUCACGAUUCUCUAUUGCCGCCUGCCAAUCUCUUUGAUGAAUGCAAGCGCACAUGCGAAUCCAUGGCUACCUACGGCAAGGACUUUUUGCGACAAAAGGAGGACGAUCUACAAAGUGCACUGACGGCGAAUAAUUUGUGA